AUGAUUCUUAAGCCUUGUGUUGUUGUAUUUUUUGUAAUUUUGAUUUGCACAUUAGACAUUGUUUGUGCGAGAAACCUUGAGACUAAAUUGUUUAAUACUGAUGUCGCGACAGUUGAGGUUGUAGAAGGGCAACUAAAGGCGGUUACAAUUCAGAUCCAGGAUUCUGAAAAUAAGCUCGACCAAAUUAGUGGAAGCCUGGAAGCGAUAGUUCAGCCUAUAUGUGACCAAAUAAGGGCGGCUAGAAUGCAGAUCCAGAAUUCUGAAAGUAUGCUCCGCCAAAUUAGUGGUAGAAUGGAAGUGGAUGAAGAAAUUUCAAGGGAAAGGCUAGUAGAAAUGUUCAUGGAUGAUACUAGAGAAAAUCUUGAUGACAGGUUUAACAAUGGUGUUGGUGGUCACAGCAUACUUGGAGAUGAAGUAGAAGGUGGUGCUUGA